AUGACAGAUGGCCAGUAUCUCGACAAUGACGAGAUUAACGAGUUUCUCGACCAAAUCGAUCAUGACAACAAAGGAUACAUUGAAUACAAGGACAUCCAGAUGAAGUUGGAUCACGUUCACGGCGCACUCUUUCGCGAGCAUCAUCAUAGGGCCAAGGAUCACACCCCGUGCCCUCAUUGCGCCCGUCUAGCAAAGGACGACGACGCUCGCCACCAGUUCUUAUCCAGCAUGAUGGGCUCCUCCGACGCGGAGCGAAUCACUCGUCAAGACUUCGCCGAACUGCUAUGCAGCUGGAAGAUACCGUCGCUUGCGCAGAACAAGAAACAAGAGGACGAGGAAAAGAGUUACGUGCGUCGUCUUCCAGGCUGGCGCAAGAUCCGCGCCUAUUGGGCUGUCCGUGGCCCCGAGGUGUGCUUCAUUGGACUGGUCAUCGGCCUGCAACUGGCGUUUGGCAUCUGGCAGCUCGUCAAGUACGACGCGACACCCGAGUACCGGGCCGCACUUGGCUGGCGCAUCGUCAUGGCCAAGACGUGUGCGGGUGCCUUGUACCCGACCUUCUUCUUCCUCAUCCUCAGCAUGUCGAGAUAUACUUCGACAUGGCUGCGCACGUCAUACCACGUCUCUCGUUUCAUCAAUUGGGAUCUAUCGCAAGAGUUCCACAUUUACAUCGCCUGUGUUGCUAUUCUCCUGGCGACAUUGCACUCUGUCGCGCACUUGACGGGCACUUUCGUCCGCGGUGUCGAUCCUGCGCAUAGAGAUGCAGUAGGCAAAAUCCUGGAUCCAGAUUCCAUCCCACGCUCCUAUGCUGGCUUUGUUCGCUCAAUCGCCGGAUUCACCGGCGUUACUGGGCUUGGUCUCAUUUAUAUCCUCUCGUUGCUCAGCAUUCCUCAAGUUCGUAGGUGGAAUUACGAAGUCUUUCAGCUGGCGCACCUGCUCAUGUUCCCAAUUAUCGGCCUUAUGAUGGCCCACGGAACAGCUUCUCUCCUUCAAUGGCCCAUGUUUGGCUAUUUUCUUGCUUUCCCCACCCUUAUGGUUCUGGUCGAGCGCCUGAUACGCGUUGCCCUGGGCUUUCAUCACAUCAGAGCCACCAUGGCUAUUCUGGACGACGAAACGAUGGAGAUCAUAGCUGACCUCCCUAGCCAUCGCCUCUCUAAAUAUAAGGCUGGUCAGUACAUCUUUCUGCGGGUGCCAAAAAUCAGCUUCUUCCAAUGGCACCCCUUCACUGUGUCCUUCUGCCGCGACCAGAAAGUCAUGGUCCAUAUCAAGGCGGAUGGCAACUGGACUCGAAAACUGCACGAAUUGGGCGGCCAGUCGGACAUAACCGAAAUCGAAGUCAGCAUCAAUGGACCCUUUGGGGCUCCUGCUCAGCGCUUCUUUGAUUUUCAACAGUCCGUUAUUAUCGGCACUGGGAUUGGUGUAACACCCUUUUCGGGCAUUCUCGAGGAGAUCUUCCAGCUAAGCGGUAGACCAGACUUCACUUUGACGGAUGACUACCGCCGAGUUGAUUUCCACUGGACAGUUCGCGACCGAAACCACCUGCUGUGGUUUUCUGAUCUCCUAAACCAGCUCGAUAUUCGCAUAAACACCCACGUUACGGCGGAACGAAAGGACAUCGUCAUUCAUGUAUUCCGCUGGCUACUCGAGAUGCAUCGCACCGAGGAACAUCCUACCUCCCCACUUACAGGCCUUCUCAACCCAACACAUUUCGGUCGUCCAGAUUUUGAUAGGAUCCUAGACGACCACUACAACGAUAUGUAUAAACUCCACGCCAGAAAACUAGAGCAGACUGAUAGCGAGAAGGAUAGUCGUGCGAGUAGCGCUCAAGACUCGGACAUCAAAGUGGGUGUCUUUUACUGCGGUUCACCCGUCGUGGGCGAGAUUUUGGCCGACAAGUGUAAAGAACUUUCUGUAAGGGGCCGUCACGAUGGAAGUAAAACCAUCUACCACUUUAUAACUGAGGUUUUUGGUUGA